AUGUCUGACAGUAAGAACUUCGAAAACACUGCCUCCGUCAAGCGCUUCGCUUUCUUCGGAGUAGCUGUAUCUACUAUCGCUACUUUGACUGCUAUCGUUGCCAUUCCAAUGCUUUGCCUUUACAUGCAAAACAUCCAAUCUGGACUUCAAGAUGAGCUUAACUUCUGUAAAACUCGCACUGAGUCCCUUCGUGGUGAAUAUACCAAGCUGACCAGCUACCGUGAAGCCGCUGUUGCCACCCGCAAGAAGCGUUCUACUGAUAACCAAUGCUGCUCAUGCGGAGUUGGACCAGCUGGUGCUCCAGGAGCUCCUGGAGAACCAGGACAAGACGGAAAGGACGGACGUCCAGGACAACCAGGACUCCCAGGACCUGAUGCUGAUGGAUCUGAUGCUCUUCCAAAGCCAGAAGACUUCUGCUUCGAUUGCCCAGCUGGACCACCAGGACCACCAGGAUCUCCAGGACCAAAGGGAGCUGAUGGACAAACUGGAGCCCCAGGAGAGGAUGGACCAUCUGGACGCCCAGGACCACGCGGACCACCAGGAAACCAAGGACCACAAGGACCAACCGGAGGAGAAGGACAACCAGGACAACCAGGAUCUGCUGGACAAGUUCGUACUCUCCCAUCUCCAGCUGGAGAAGCAGGAGCACCAGGAGAGCAAGGACCACAAGGGCAACCAGGAACUGAUGGGCGCCCAGGACAUCCAGGACGUCAAGGACCAGUUGGACCAGCUGGAGACAACGGACAAGACGGAGAAGCUGGAAAGCCAGGAGAGGAUGGAGCUCCAGGAGCCCCAGGAAAGGAUGGAGCCAAGGGAUCUUGCGAUCACUGCCCACCACCACGCACUGCCCCAGGGUAUUAA